CGGGUCAUCAGGCUGGAUCACGAACACCGGGUCAUCAGGCUGGAUCGGAUCAUCAGGCCGGAUCGGGCCAUCAGGCUGGAUCACGAACACCGGGGCAUCAGGCUGAACAAUGGAAGGAGGGUCCUCAGACAGCAGGCUGACGGUUUGGAUACUGGUAGGAUGGUACUGGUUGGAAAGAAUUUUCGCUUCUUCUUGGGUUUAGUUACUGGAGCACUGUAAGUAAAUGCAGGUCUGUAAACGGAUGGAGCAGCUGAAGACAGGGAAGAGCCGGAGGAUGGAACAAAGGAGGGAGCAGUUGCUACAGAGGGCUUCUUUACCGGGCAAAAGGCAGGAUAGGUGCAGCGAGUGGGAGCAG